ACACUCUUCUAUACAAGUUACCAAACACCCCAGAAAUGGAAAACCCUAGAUUUUCCCUCCACAUUUUUAUUUCCACUCCUGUUACCACAAAGAAUUGAAGUUGAAGAAAUCAAACAUCACUGUCAUGGCUGCUCUUUUUAAUCACAUUUCCAAACCCCAAAAAUAUAAAAUCAUUUUAUCUAGAAUCAGUAGAUCCCGGAACACCAUCUCCACCACCGUCAACCCAGAACCAGUUAGACGUCCAUGCCAAGGUACCCACACCCGAGCACCUGUGUUGAGAAAUGUUGUCACGACUGUUGAAGCUGUCGCUGGAUUUGAGGAGAUGGUUUCUGAUACGCGACGGAAAUAUUACAUGUUAGGUGGGAAAGGAGGUGUUGGAAAAACAAGUUGCGCUGCAUCUCUUGCUGUAAAAUUUGCGACCCAUGGUCACCCCUGUAUUGUGAUUUCUACUGGCCCAGCUCACUCAUUGAGCGAUUCAUUUGAUCAGGAUUUGACUGGAGGGAUGCUUGUUCCUGUUCAAGGUGUGGAAUCUCCAUUAUUUGCACUCGAGGUGAACCCUGAGAAAGCAAGGGAUGAAUUGCGUUCUUCAAGUCAAAAACAUGGUGGUAGUGGUGGUAUGAAAAAUAUAAUGGACAGCAUGGGUCUUGGAAUGCAGGCAGACCAGUUGGGAGACUUGGAGCUUGAAGAACUCUUGGACACUUCUCCACCUGAUCUAGAUGAAGCAAUUGCAAUUUCAAAGGUCAUGGAAUUCGUGGAGUCACAAGAGUUCAAUAAAUUUAGUCGGAUUGUUUUUGAUACUGCUCCUACGGGACACACGCUACGACUUUUGUCAUUGCCAGACUUCUUAGAUGCAUCAAUAGGCAAGAUGAUGAAGCUCGAGAAGAAGAUAGCUUCAGCAACUUCGGCCAUUAAAUCUGCUUUUGGAGCAGGAGAAUCAGAGGAAAAUAGCAGCAACAAGCUAGAGCAACUAAGGGAAAGAAUGGCAAAAGUGCGAGAUCUUUUUCAUGACUCAGAGACCACAGAGUUUGUGAUAGUAACAAUACCAACUGUUAUGGCACUUCGUGAAUCGUCGAGGCUUUGUGCAUCCUUGAGGAAGGAAAAUGUUCCAGUACGAAAACUCAUUGUUAAUCAAGUGCUACCAGAGUCUGCAUCAAACUGCAAAUUUUGUUCAAUGAAACGGAAGGAUCAGAUGCGUGCUCUAGACAUGAUCAAGAGAGAUUCAGAAUUAGCCACGUUGACAGAAGUCCAGUCACCUCUGUUUGAUAUAGAGAUAAGGGGUGUUCCAGCGCUCAAGUUCAUGGGGGAUAUACUUUGGAGAUGAAGCUUACAUAACUGAUAAAGUAGGUUAUGGCAUGUCUCCCUCUGAACUGCACCAGGGUGGUAGACAUUUUGCAGCCACCAAAAAUAUCUUUGUUAUGUUUUGAAAGACAGAUGAUACAUUACUCUGGAAGAGAAAUUUGACUUGAAAAUAUCAGCUCAUAACUUAUAACCUUCAGGCUUAAGUUUCCAACUUGUGCAUGAGCUUGUAGAACCUAAAGCUGCUGAUGUAGAAGAUUUUUGAGUAGCUGAAUGUCAAACAUGUGGAAAGAAGAUCACUACUAUAAAAUUUGUCCCAGAGGUUCAAUCACUCUCUGAGGCUGACAAUUCUUCCAAGCUUCCACCGUUUAUGUACCAAAUGAUAUUUUUGCUAUGCACUACGAAAGAGGAUUGGACAGUGUAA